UUGGUUUGCAGGGAAAACCGAGCUAAGAAAGGUGGUAUCUGCGUUGCAAACCACACAUCACCAAUUGAUGUUAUGGUGUUGAGUUGCGAUAAUUGCUACGCAAUGAUCGGACAAAAACAAGGAGGCCUCCUAGGUUUUAUACAGGACUCGUUGAGCCGUGCAGAACACCAUAUCUGGUUCGAACGAAGUGAAGCUGCUGAUAGAAAAAAGGUGGUGCAAAGACUGCGAGAACAUGUGGAGGACGAGAACAAGCUACCUAUUAUCAUUUUCCCAGAGGGCACAUGUAUCAAUAAUACGUCCGUUAUGAUGUUCAAGAAAGGAUCGUUCGAGAUUGGCAGUACGAUAUAUCCAAUAGCAAUGAAGUACGACAGCCGAUUGACCGAUGCAUUCUGGAACAGCAGUGAACAGUCGUACGGAGAAUAUCUGUGGAGAAUGAUGACAUCAUGGGCAAUUAUCUGUGAUGUAUGGUAUCUUCCACCAAUGACCAAAGAGGAAGGCGAGGAUGCGAUCGCAUUUGCACGGAGAGUGAAACGAGCAAUUGCUAAGAAGGGUGGACUGGUCGAUUUGGAAUGGGACGGCGCCCUCAAGCGGGAACGAGUAUGUUGUGAACUUCUUAGACUUUCCAUUUUAAUUUUUUUGCUAAUCGCUAUUGUUUAUUAA